GCCGCCAUGUGGAACAUCUUCAAGAAGAACCAGGAGCCCGAGGCGGCUCCUGCCGCCACCACAGCGACAAUGCCCGUUGGGCCCGUGAGCAACUCCACCGAGAGUGGGGGUGCUGGGGAGAGCAAGGAGGACAUGUUCGCGAAGCUGAAGGAGAAGUUCUUCAACGAGAUGAACAAGAUCCCCCUGCCGCCCUGGGCGCUGAUCGCCAUCGCCGUGGUGACCGGCCUCCUGCUCCUCACCUGCUGCUUCUGCAUCUGCAAGAAGUGCUGCUGCCGGAAGAAGAAGAACAAGAAGGAGAAGGGCAAAGGCGCCAAGAACGCCAUGAGCAUGAAGGACAUGCAGGGCGGGCAGGACGAUGACGACGCAGAAACCGGUCUCACGGAGGGAGAGGGGGAGGGAGAGGAGGAGAAGGAGCCAGAGAACCUGGGCAAGCUGCAGUUCUCCCUGGACUAUGACUUCCAGGCCAACCAGCUCACCGUCGGCGUUCUGCAGGCCGCGGAACUGCCCGCCCUGGACAUGGGCGGCACCUCAGACCCUUACGUCAAAGUCUUCCUCCUUCCAGACAAGAAGAAGAAAUAUGAGACCAAAGUCCAUCGGAAGACGCUGAACCCUGCCUUCAACGAAACCUUCACCUUCAAGGUACCAUACCAGGAGCUGGGGGGCAAGACCCUGGUGAUGGCCAUCUACGACUUCGACCGCUUCUCCAAACACGACAUCAUCGGGGAGGUGAAGGUGCCCAUGAACACCGUGGAUCUCGGCCAGCCCAUCGAGGAGUGGAGGGACCUGCAGGGUGGGGAGAAGGAGGAGCCAGAGAAGCUGGGCGACAUCUGCACCUCCCUGCGGUACGUGCCCACGGCCGGGAAGCUCACCGUGUGCAUCCUGGAGGCCAAGAACCUGAAGAAGAUGGACGUGGGCGGCCUGUCAGACCCCUACGUGAAGAUCCACCUGAUGCAGAACGGCAAGCGGCUGAAGAAGAAGAAGACGACAGUGAAGAAGAAGACCCUGAACCCCUACUUCAACGAGUCCUUCAGCUUCGAGAUCCCCUUCGAGCAGAUCCAGAAAGUCCAGGUGGUGGUCACCGUGCUGGACUACGACAAGCUGGGCAAGAACGAGGCCAUUGGCAAGAUCUUUGUGGGCAGCAACGCCACGGGCACGGAGCUGCGGCACUGGUCGGACAUGCUGGCCAACCCCCGGAGGCCCAUCGCCCAGUGGCACUCGCUGAAGCCCGAGGAGGAGGUGGACGCUCUGCUGGGCAAGAACAAGUAG